AUGCUACCCAUCGAUUCUCAUCACGCUGCACUUGGGCUCUUAUUUUUCCUACUCGUCUUCUUCGCCAACUCACUGCGAGUAGCUUUCCGCCCCGGCCUCAGUAAAGUCCCAGGGCCCUUCUUCGCUAGAUUUACUCCGCUAUGGCGCGUAUUUUUCGUCUGGAAGGGCAAUGCCCAUACAGACUACCGUAAACUUCAUGACAAGUACGGGCCAGUUGUUCGAACUGCACCCAACGUGGUGGACAUUUCUGACCCGGCAGCUCUGCAAAUCAUCUAUGGCAUAACUUCUAAAUUUAUCAAGUCCAACUUCUACAACACCCUGGACGCCAUCUACGAGGACGAGACUAUGCCCAGCAUGUUCACGGCGACCAGCCCCGAGUUGCACAAAGCUCUCAAGCGACCAGUGGCCCAAAAGUACUCCAUGACGUCCAUCCGAACCCUCGAGUAUCUGGUGGAUCCCUGCACGCAAAUGUUCACGGAUGCAAUGGCCGACAUGCAGGGUCAGGUGGUCGAUCUGGGCACCUGGGUACAGUGGUACGCGUUCGACGUCAUCGGCGCUAUCACGUUCUCCCGUCGCUUUGGGUUCAUGGAGACCCGUUCCGAUGUCAAUGGUGUCAUCUCUGGAAUUGAGAAAGGGCUCAGAUACGGCGGCCUCGUUGGGCAGGUGCCCGUCUUGCACAAAUAUCUAUUGGGCAACGUGACGUUGAGAAAUAUACUGGCUAAAAUCGGAAUGGAUGAUCCCCUCGGAGACUACGAUGCCAAACAAGAUUCUUCUGAACGAGGGGACUUCCUAGCAUAUCUUCGACGAGAACAAGCGUCGACUGGCGAACAUAUGAGUACUCGAGACAUGAUGAAUCACUUGAUGAACAACCUACUGGCCGGCAGUGACACGACUGGCAUCGCUCUCCGAGCUCUUUUCUACUAUGUCUUGCGCGACAAGCGCGUAUAUGAUAUUCUGCAGAAGGAGAUCGACGAAGCACACGCAAGAGGAGAACUUUCACCCGUUGUCACUUUUGGGGAGAGCCAGAAGCUCGAAUACCUCCAGGCAUGUGUCAAAGAAUCUAUGCGAAUGCACCCAGGAGUAUCUUACCCCCUCGAACGCAUCGUUCCCGAGACCGGCGCCGAAAUAUCUGGGGUUCACCUACCGGCCGGCACCGUCGUAGGCAUGAACGCUGCCGUAAUCCAUCGCAACCGGAGCAUCUUUGGCGAUGAUGCCGAUACGUUCAGGCCCGAGCGCUGGCUCAGUGACGAUGUCGAAGCUGUCAAGACGAUGGAGCGGCAUAACAUGAGUUUCGGGGCUGGUGUCCGUACUUGCAUCGGCAAGAAUAUCUCAAUUAUGGAAGUUGGAAAGGUGGUGCCUCAGAUAUUGAGACGGUUCAGUCUUGAUUGGGCUUCGAGCGAGCCGGAGUGGCAGGUGACGACGUUCUGGUUCGCGAAACAGUCGGGUCUGCUGGUUCGCUUUAGCCCGCGGACGCCGGAGAUCAGAGCUAGCAAGGAAUAAGGCAGUGGCUGGUCUUGAUGUUUCGUGUUUGUGUGCGGAUGCAUAUUUAACAAUUCUUUUGAAUACUAAUAUGCGUUGCUAUGUAAGCUGUGGUGAAGUUCCAUUGGGGUAGCUCCGAGGUUAGAGAAAGUCCGAGUAUUCUUGCUUAGUUCGGCGUGGCUCGAUCGUAGACUUUGUUGUGGAUAAAUGUUG